UACAGCAGCAGGUGUCAGUCUAUCUUUGCGAGACUCUGCACUCUCAUCUCUACGUUUGACAUGACGACACUUUGCGGCAUAGUUCCGCGUUUCUGCGUCGUUCUGGUUCUUGUUGUCAACCUCGUCUUCGCAUCGCAUUUCAGAGGUGCGACUAUAAGCUGGCAACCUGUGAACACGUCGACGGUUAUCGAUGGAAACGUCACACUACCGGUUAGAAUCAAAUUUAAAAUAUCGUGGAGGCUUGGCACUCAAGAAGGAAAAUGUAAUGAAACGGUUAUUGCCAAGAAAACAAUGAUUGGUGGCGAUGUUGCCUGGAAAUGUCUAACAGAGAACUGUGCUGUACCUGGAUCGACAUCACUCACUCCACAUGCAGUUGGCACUAUGGGCUACAUUUGUACGGCAUUCAGUAAGGCAAACAACUGGGCUAAAGGAGAAAACUCGUUCAUCAUUAAUCUUCCUGUGAGCAAAAACAACACAUUCUUCAGAAUUGGUAUCAAUCCUGAACAUCGUUUGUCGUGUUGCUGGCAAAAUACCAAUAACAUGGAUCCCUAUAUUAUCAGGCUUCACACAGAGAUGGACUUUACUCCUAGGCCAGAUAAUGGGAAAUUGAAUCGUAGCCCUGUAACCGACAUGAUUCCUAUCAUUCCGGCACGAUCCGGUUGUGAACAUCGUCUCUACAUACCUCACUGGGAUCCUGACUUGGAUGAUGUUCGAUGUCGAUGGGCUCAUGCAGCAGGUAGCAGUCUCCUAGACAGUUCUAAUACUGAAAAUGAGUGUGGAACUGUGUGUUGGUAUCAACUCUAUGUAAACUAUGGUGCGAUUCUGAUCAACGAAACAUGCGAGAUCAUCUGGAGACCUACUGAAGUAGGACUUUAUGCUGUUGCUGUUCAAAUUGAAGAUUUUGCUCCUGGUUUUCCUGACAAACCACUUAGUGAAACGCCACUACAGUUUCUUAUUAACGUCACCCACAGCAACCUGACGUGUGAUCAGAUUCCGAUAUUUGAGAACACGCCUUUGCAACCCAACUGCUUUGCUGUUCCUAAGGGGGAAACAUUUGUUUUUGAUAUUUAUGCAACUCAUGUAGCUUAUCCACAGAAAACAGCUAAAGUUCUGAUUACUACUCGUCCAAGAGGAAUGAAUGUGUCAGAAUUUGUGGAUGUUUCUGGAAAGCCGGGAUUAAAGACAGCAAAACUGACAUGGACACCAGCUGAAAACCAGUAUGACCUUGAACAUUUCUUUUGCUUUGUUGCUACAGAUGAAGACGGAGCAGGAAGCGAUCAGCAAUGUAUUGGCAUUCUUGCUGGGUAUGAAAUACCGAAGAUCACAGUCGAUCCUUCGACACUCAAGCCAAUGGUGUCAUUCAAUGUGACAACAAUGAAGGGUGUCAUAUCAUUCACCCAACCAAUUCAUCACCCGACCUCACCUCGGUACAUUCGUGUUUAUGAAAGCGAAACCAAUCGUUUGGUGGAGGAGAUCGACACCUCAAAUUACACCGGAAUAGAAAUUUCUGCUGACCAUCUGACUGCCGUGGUAUCUCUACUCGGCACUUACAAGCCGGCAACUACCUACUACAUUUUGGUAGAGCAGGGUGCAUUUGUUGGGACGGAAGGGUGUGCUGGUGGAGGACCAAAUGCGGACGGUAUUGCUUCUAACUCUGUUUGGACAUUCAAGCCUAAAGCAGCUGCUGACUGUACGGCCGAUGACAAUUCCGCUUGCCAUCAGCAUGCAGAGUGCAUAGAGCCAAACUGCGUCUGCAAAGUUGGAUAUACAGGUGAUGGCAAGGUAGAGUGCAAAGACAUCAACGAGUGUGAUCUCAAUAAGAAUCAGUGCCAUUCUUUGGCAACAUGUACAAACACCAACGGUUCAUUUGAAUGCAGUUGUGUGAUCGGAUACACCGGAAAUGGAGUCGAAUGUAUUGAUAUUGAUGAGUGUGGAAUUGGUGCACACAACUGUGAGUGGCUUGCAACUUGUGCCAACACGCUCGGCUCGUACACAUGUCAUUGCCCAUCUGGUUAUUCUCUUUCUGGAGACAACAUAUGCCAGGAUAUAGACGAGUGUGCCAACGAGACUGACGAAUGUACGUCGGGUUUCAACUGUGUGAACACUCCAGGCUCUUACCAGUGUGAGCCAGUCGAGCGACCAACUCUCAGUCCAAGUGAUGCGGCCCGAUGCAUUUCACAGUCAUCUGUUGCUGAACGAGUUCGACAAUCUCUUUUAGUUUUCACUGGGACAGUGAAGAAGCACCAUUUGCUUAAUUCCAGUCCACCACGUUAUGGUGUCAGUGUUUUCGUUUACUGGGUGUACAAAGGCAUCUUGCCUUCUGAUGUUGGUUUACCUACCACGGUUUUUGUCAGUGGGUUUGGUGCACCGGGUGACUGUAAGAUUGAUGUUGAGAUUGGUGACACGUUGGUGUUCUUUACUGUUAUUGGUACGUCUCGUAUGCUGAGUGUCACAUGUUUUGACAUUGGGAAUGUCACUCUGGAGUCUGUUGCUCCGGUCACGUACAGAGUUCUGAUGGACAUUGCUGUGGCAGUGAAUAACAUGAAGGAGUUCUGUGGUGCCUCGCAAUAUGGCUGCUGCUCUGAUGGAGUUACAGUUGCACAAGGCAUGCAAGAAGGAUGUCCAGACUAUAGCUUUGAACUGACUGAUCAGCUUUCUGAUGUUCGAACACUUCAACGCUCAAGUUAUCCCGUGGACAUAUUGAGUGGCCUGGGAGCUUACAACUUGCUCGAUGAUCUGCCACUUGCUAACCAUCACCGUUGUGAUGUCCUUAACAAGGUGUCCUUCCAGAGAGCCAACCAUCAUACAAAUUUGACGAAACCUAUUGAAGACGUUCUUGAUUGCUUCACUUCCUUUCCUAAAGAAUACUCGAUAUUGGUCCAGUCAAUGCAGCCCAAUGGUGUUACAUCAUACCUUUUGACUUUGGAUCAGUUUCCAGAUAUCCGCCCGCUUGCCAUACGAUUCCAAGAAUCAUCGGUUGUAUUUGAGUAUCGAGAUAUCAUCUCUCGAACCAAGAAACGUGUGGAAUUCGAUGUAGAUCUCACGGAUGGAUAUUUCCAUCGAUAUUCGUUCGGGGUGACUAACAGUUCUGUUGCGAUGUAUGUCAACUGCAGUCUGGUUGGAGAACAGGAGAUUAGUGGGCUGGAUCGGGUUGAGUUUAAAGGUGAUUUUGUGGUCGGCAGGAAGCACAUGGGAACAGAUACAUUCACUGGAAUCAUCGAGAAGUUGAUGUUUUCUCCUGAUCCAGCUCACGCUGAACAGCAGUGUCUGCUCUAUGACUUCUACGAAUGUCGUCCAUCACACUCUCUGAAUUCAUCAUUUUUCUUGAAUUGUUAGACAUGAUAUGAUAGCAGAAACAUGUCAAUACAGUAAGAUACAAAUUCAAUGUAUCUUCGAUUCACAUUAUAAUUUAGUGAAUGCCUCAGACCAUGUAGUAGAGAUGUGCAUUCUUUGCUUUAUGACAUACAGGGAAUCAGUUGUAGAUGAAAUUGAGCAUACUUUAGUUAACAAGCCUUGUCUGAUCAAAUCUCUACAGAUGGUAUACUCUAGGAAGCAAAUGAUGGGCGA